UAUUUUCUACCUUUGUUUUCGUGACACACCUUUAUAUCUCUCUCCUUCAUCACAGAGCAAAAGAAAAUCAACAGAAAAUUUCAGAUUCUGCUGAAUCUGAAAUGACCAUGGGGUUUGGUUUUGCAAUGCAAUGCUCCUCAAGCUAUGGUGGCUACUCUACCUGUGUCUCUCCACAACCUCAUCGAUCUUUUCACGGUCACUACUGGAACGGAUUCACGAGCUCACGGAAGAAUCAGAGGGUGGUUCUUCGUGUUGCGGACGAGCGAAGCUCCAACUCCAACUCCAAUCUCAGUUCUCAGAAGAAAAGAAAAGUUGUGGAACAUGUUUGUCUGCUGAAAGCGAAAGGGGAUUUAUCUGAACAGGAAGAGAGUGACAUGCUUGAUCAUUUGUACACAACACAGUAUCAAAUGGGUGGCAUUGUUGCAAUUUCAUUAGGUCGCAUUUCUGCUGCGAAUCCUGAGAACUAUACGCAUGCUUUGUAUAUGCGGUUUCAGGGGAAGGAAUAUCUUGAAAAGUUCUAUCACAAUCCUUUUUACUUGAAGGUUCUCGAUGACCACGUAAUGACUUACUGCCAUGGAUUGAUUAAUGUGGACUUUGAAUCCCAAGUGGAUGAUGACAUGCUUUCUAUAUUUCGCAAAGGAGAGGAGUUCAACCAUGGAGUAGAGUUUGUGCUUUUGAUAUCAUUCAAUGAGGAUGCAUUGGGUACCCUGGUGGAAGAUGCAUUGGCCUCUCUGGCAUCAUUGAUGUUGGAUGCUCCAUCCUUGAUUGUCCAAUUUACUCAAGGUUUGAAUUUUAGUCCAAGCUCUAAGGAGUAUACUCAUGGAGUAGUGAUACGAUUUCGAUCAGUUGAAGCAUUUGAGAUAUUUAUACGCAGCAAAGAGUAUAAAGAUGUUUGGAGAUCUAAGUUCCAGACAAUUGUCCAGAAAUCAUUAUCUCUUCAUUUCUCUGUUGAUCCAGUGGGAACUGAGAUUAUGUAGUGAGGAUGAUUCAUGGUUUUCAACAAAAGAUGCGGCUUGGUUUCCUCUUCUUUUCAGGAACAGGGAUGAAGGUUAUUUCCUGCUUUCUAUUUCAACUCAUGUUCUUUUGCUAUGAACUAUAACUAUAGUAUUGGUGUCCACUUUAUUUUCUGCAACAUUCUGAAACUUAAAUUCCAUAUGUAAUUUUUUUUUUCAAUUACCAAUUUAUCCCGAUAGCCAUGAGACUAAUUCUCUGAGACUCCGAGAUCACAUUAAGUAGGUAAACCUCAUAUGAAGUUUUUGUUGCUUAUUUAUAUGUAUUUUCUUAAUACUCAACGCGUCUGGACCUACUAUCUGCAUAAUGCUUCGCUUCGAUUUUGCUAUGCUAAUGUCAAAAUUAAGCCUAUGAGUUGCUCUUUGUAUUCUCCCUAAAGAUUUUUGUAUUAAAUGUAAUAAAAUAGAUUUUAUGGA